UUACCAUUCCCUUUCCCAACAGAUCCCCCGCUUCCCCCCGCAACCGCGUCGUCUGCGAUGGCAUCCUCCACGGCGGCGACGACCGGCGACGGCGAGAAGCCUUACGCGCACCUAGGCCAGCCCCUUCUCACGCCGCCGCAGGUCCCUCAGCAGCCUUACUACGCGUACCCGGCCGCCUCCUACGCGCAUCCCUCUCCCGCCCCACCACCCCCACCGCCGCCCCCGACGCUCGUCUUCGUCCCGGUCCCGGCGGCGCCCUGCGCCCCGGUGCUCGUCCGCCUCCGCCGCCUGCGCCCGCGCGGGCGCGCGCCCUGCCUCCGCCGCUUCUGCACGCGGACGCUCCCGCUCCUCCUCGUCCUCGCGCUCCUCGCGGGCGCCGCCUUCCUCCUCUACCCGUCCGCGCCCGCCGCUCGCGUCGCGGACGUCCGGGUCGAUAGCUUCCGCGUGCAGCCGCCGCUCCUCGACCUCGGCCUCGCGCUGCGGCUCCGCGUCCGGAACCCUGGGUUCCUCCUCCCGCUCCGCUACCGCGCCGUCUCCGCCGCCGUCUCCUACCGCGGACACCUGCUCGGGUCCGCCAAGGCCUGGCCCGGGUCCGGCGAGCUUGCCGCCAGGGAUGAGGUCUAUGCGGAUGCCCAGGUGUGGGUGGACGCCGGGAGGGUGCUGGAUGACGUGAUCGAGCUCAUCGGGGACGUGGCCGCGGGGUCGGUGCCGUUGGAGAUCGUCUCUGAGGUGGUCGGCUCGAUCAAGGUGUUCCGUUUCCACAUCCCUGUGAAGGGGCUCAUGUCAUGCUCAGUAAAUAUCAGCCCAGAGACUCAGAGAAUCAUAAGCCAGGAUUGCUAUUAAGUGUGAAUGCUUUGAGGUCCCCAUCCCUGAAGAUAUUAUAAAACUGUAGAGCCUGCUCGAUGGACCUGAAGUAUCUAUCUGUAUAUAAUCUGGAUGUUAUAUUGUGUUAUGUGUAGGAUGGAAUAAUAAGUAACGAAUAACAUGUUGGACCAUGAGGUAUAUGUUGUUUUGCAGUACAUUUCAGAAGUGCCUAUGCCUAUUUGUAACUGUUUGAUGCCACCUUCACCCAUAUGUACCAUAGCAUAGAAAUUAAUCAUGGUGUAUGAUUUUACUAGAUCAUGUAUGAUGUAUGGUGGCAGGUAACUUAUGAUUUGUGGUAUUUGAAUUGAAGCAUGAUAACUGAAAGAUUGGUGCAGUCAA